AUGGCGAUCGGCUCUGCCUUCAAGACCUUCUGGCAUACUAUGACCAGUUACGACCGACACUCUUCAUACGACUCUCCUUACCGGACCGGACAACACGUUCCCCUAGCGCAAAGCAGGCACGACCAAACACUGACGUCCGUCGCGACCAACGCCUCUGAAUCCCGAGCCGAUAUCAAUUCACCGUAUUUUGAAGAUGGUGGAAGAUAUGCUUCUGCCGCGAACGGCGGCGCUUACCCCGGCUCACCCCAGCCCCGCAGUCCCUUACCACAAUCGCCUACCCCGUACUCUCCGGGUAUGAGAACGAACCUCCACCGGGCAAAUACCAAUGAGAAUUUCGACGCCCCCUCAGCGGGGGAGAUCCAAUUGCAACCGUUCGAGGCUGGCCUUCCCCCACCCCCGCCUCCGAGCCACUCCUGGAAGCGGAUCGACCGGUGGGCCGAAGAGCACUACCCGGAAUUGUUCGAUCAACUCUGCGAGGGCUGUACAUCAAACGACCUGAACGAUCUGGAGCACCAAUUGGACUGCUCCCUCCCCAUGGAAGUCCGUGAAUCACUGAUGGUACACGAUGGCCAGGAGCGCGGUGGCAACCCAACGGGAAUCAUCUUCAGCUCGAUGCUGCUCGACUGCGAGGAAAUUGUACAAGAAUGGGAGAAUUGGAAAAAGGUCAACGUCGAGUAUCUUUCGGAGCCUAUCACUUUCAAGCCAAAACCUCCCGUGAAGGCAUUCGGUGGAAGCUCGUCUGCCUCUUCGUCCAGGGUCCCGACACAACCGACACAAAACCCACACUGGAGACAAGAUCUUCUUGCCAAGCAGGACUCUCAACCUUCGGGUGCCAUUCAGAAGGUCUACGCGCAUCCGGCCUGGAUUCCUCUGGUCAGAGAUUGGGGUGGAAAUAACCUGGCGGUUGAUCUGGCGCCUGGCCCGACCGGCAAAUGGGGCCAAGUCAUCCUCUUUGGACGGGACUACGAUUGCAAAUACGUGGUUGCACGCUCUUGGUCUGCUUUCCUUGCGACAUUUGCCGAUGACCUGAACAGUGGCAAAUGGGAGAUUGACGAGGAUACCCACGAGCUGAAGUUGAGGGAGUUCAAGGCAAGAAACGUUGAGCCUGGAUAUUUGGAUAUCUUGAGAUGGAGAGUGGACCAGAAGUACGGCCGAAAGAACGUUCGACGCAAGGCACCAGCAAGCAUGAACGGGCAGGCUGGCAUAUCGCCAAUAAACUCGCCAUACUCCAGCCCCACCGCCGAGACCAGUGGUGAGCCUCGAGGACGCUCCAUGCAACGAUUCAGCGGAGCAUCGCCGGUAUCAAGCCCAAAUCGGCCCAACUACGGAAAAUCCAGCCCCCUCGCUCGUGUACAGGAAGAACGCAUACCCCCUCCAAUCAAAGUACAUACGAAUGGUAUCAAGCACGAGAAACUUGUCGAGGUUGAGACCCCAAGACCCAGUGAGGAGACUAGAGAGACGCAAAAGCCGACCAAGACUCUAGAGUCGCUACUGCAAUCUGCUACACUGGAAGAUGACAACAAGGAAAAUAAGAAGGUCGAGCUGGAUGUCCAGACAACCGAAUUAACCAAUGGCGCCCUUAAAAAGGCCACAGUUGAGGAUGAUACCACGAUGAAGACGAUAGAGAUCUAG